GACUUGCAUAAUUAUGGGCAAAUUGUGUCGGCUGAAAGUUAAAACAAGUCAUUGUCACACAAGAAAAGAGUUUGUGAGUGGUUAGAUGUUGUGGGACUUCGGAGGCGUUUCCAGCAGAAUCUUUCGCAUCCUCUUGUGACCUUCUAAAUCUCUACCGAUGAUAUUUGGAAGAAUAGAGCCAGGCCAGGAUGGUUUCUGUCAGGAUAUUUUCUGAGUGACAGACACCUGCCUUUCGGUCACAGCUCAUCCUCAGAAACCUCAGUUCUCACUUAACCGGCACUCAUGAACAGGACCGACUGUCAUUCCUUAGCAACACAGCUGCACCCCCUACUUCUCCGAAGACCCUUGCCUCCAAAGCUCCCUUCGUUGCCUUUAAGUAAGAAGAGAGUUCUCACAGCCACUCCUAAUGGAUCUGAGAAGACCCAUGUAAAAUUGCCCCACGAUGAAAGCGCAUCGGUAAAAAGCGACCACGGUGCUUCUCAAUCACAGAGACCUAUCAGUAUUCAAAGUAUCUCUCUUGACCAUGACCGUAAGGCCUGUGAGAGAGUGGUUAACAUUUUACCACGUAAACGCGGCGCUCGCCCCUUCACGCACUGGAAGAUCCCACAUAGUGCUGCUGGUUCCAUAUUUGUUCCAAGCUGUCUGUCGGCAUCCUCUCGAGUUUUUAGGAAAAAACUACGCCAAAUAAGGAGAGCCAGAAAGGCCAAGAAAAAGGAAGAAAAAAGAGAUGCGAUUUUCCCAGAUAAAUCGGAUAAGCCAUUUAGAAACACUUUAAUUCUCACCAAUCAGUUUUCCAAGCCUUUACCCCCUUCUUACUCUAGGCAUAUAAUCUCUAAACUUAAGGUACCACGUGCUGAGCCUCACCCUGUACCAAAGUUACCAAAGUCUCCAUACUAUACUCAAGAACUUACUCUUCCGAGAUCUAAAAGCCAAACACUGCUCAGCCCUGUACCCAGCUCCUCAUCUAUACUACCAGAACCACGGUGGUCCGAACGACCGCCACGCCCCUUCGCAAAAGUAAGUCGACUGGUACUGAACAUCGCUACCCUUCCCGCAGCCCGUACUCUGCCAACGCCUGUGUUACCGAGAAGACCUCCGAGACAGAUGGUAAUCGAAACUGUGGCAGACAGCGGAAAGGUAGAAGCCCCUAGACAACCUGAUGCGCUAAUUAGAACCGCGAGAAAAGUGGACCCCGAGGCCCACGUGUUACGAGGGGAAGGCUUUAAGACUACCGCGGCAACCCGCUACGAGACAGUAAUGGCGAUGAGCAGCCUGGCCAUAAUAACUUGCCAAUUAUAUGGAAGAAAUGCACUUAAUCUUAAGGGAUUCUUUCUUCUGCACUGUCCAGACUUAACACCUAUUGCUUUUCAAUUGAUAUACCUUAAUUUAUCAUUUAAUGACCUCAGCCAGUUUCCUAUGGAAAUACUUCAGCUUAAAAAUCUGCAAGUACUGAAACUGAGAAAUAACCCUAUCAGAGAAAUUCCUUUUGAAAUCCAGCAAUUGAAGUACCUUAGGAAUUUCUCCAUUGCCUUUAACCUUAUUAAAGAGCUUCCUGUUGGGUUAUUUAACCUGGCUUAUCUUGAGGAACUUGACAUUUCCUACAAUGAAAUUUAUAAUAUUCCGAAUGAAAUCCAGAGACUCAGAUCACUUGAGAAGCUGAUUGUCGAUGGGAAUUACAUGACUUCUUUUCCACCUGGGAUUUUAAGGCUGAACUUGACCAAACUCCAAUUCGAUAAUACGUUCACUAGUUGCCAUUUUUGGUCAGAGUAUUGCUGGAACAACCCCCCACAACUAACUCAUAUUUGUGCUUUCUUCAUUGUCAAAAAUAAUCUACAUAAAGUUUAUGAUUUCAUCCCAAAGAGAGCUCAAAGGUGUCUAAGAAUCACAUCCAGGUGUGACUGGUGUCACGGCCCCAAGUUUGGUGAAGGUUUUCGCAUCAUCCGAUCCUGUGAUAUGUUUGGAUCAACCCAGAUUCCUAUCAUGUUCUUUGUCUGCUCUUCUCCCUGCUAUCUGGAGAUCAGGGAGACCAGUUUUGUUUUAGAAGGUUUCCCUUGUAGAAGAAUAGCUCUAAAUACGGAUUGGGUGAAAGAAAGCAGAGCUAGUGAUGUAACAUUUUAUUUGUAAAGUCCACCAAGACUUAUGUAUGAGGAAGUCAUCUCUCAGCGCCCAGGUUCUGUGUGGAGACCUACAGGUCUUCUCCGCUGAGUUCUCUCUGUCUGAUUGUUAGGGAUCAUUGUGGAACUGUGCCACGGGAACUAGAAGUGGCCUUUGGGGUUCAGUUAGGCUCUUGAGAAUUUUCUGGAGCACAUGUUUACAGAAAGAAAAAA